CCGAAGCACACGAGCUGCCCUUGGCGAGCAGUGCACAGAUCCUUGCUUCUGCCGAGCUCGAUAUAUAGCGCCCCUCACUUCUCUGCGUCUGUAGUUCCCGAUCAUCCAUCAAUUUUCUUCUCACUCUCUACCAAGGCAGCUAUUGCAGCUUGAAGUCAAGAUGAUCCCCGCCGCAACUGCCAAGUACGACUGGAUCCUCGCCCUCACCUCCAUCACCUUCGUCUUCAGUGCCUUUGGUAAUGGAGCCAACGAUGUGGCGAAUUCAUACGCCACCUCCGUCGCUGCUCGCACGCUGAGCAUGUGGCAGGUCGGUAUCCUGGCCGCGUGUACCGAGUUCAUUGGUGCCGUUGCCCUAGGAGCCCGAGUGACCUCUACCAUCAAGUCCGGUAUCAUCAGUAUCGACCGGUUUGAGAACCAGCCCGGCCCUCUCAUGCUGGCAAUGGGCUGCGCUGAAAUGGGCAAUGCUGCCUGGCUGAUGCUGGCGACCGGUAUGGGCUGGCCUGUCUCUACUACUCAAACGAUUGUCGGUGCUCUGGUCGGUGUCGGCUUUGCUGCUCAGGCACCUAUCCACUGGGAAUGGACCAAGGGCAGUGUCUCCCAGAUUGCUGCAUCGUGGGGUAUUGCCCCGGCCAUUGCAGCCGGCUUCUCAGCCAUCAUCUUCGGCAUUCUCAAAUACUCCGUCCUCGAGCGCAAGGAUCCCUUCAAGUGGGCCAUGCGUCUGAUCCCCGUCUACCUCGCCACGACUGGCGCCAUCCUCGCCCUCUUCAUCGUCGAAUUCGGCGCCGGCAAAGCCGUCGGCAUCGUCCUGGGCGUCUUCUUCGGCUGCCUCCUCAUCGGCGUCGUCUUCUUCCUCCCUUACUUCCACCGCCGCCUCGUCAAGCAAGACGCCCGCGUCCGCUUCUAUCACCUCCCCCUCGGCCCCUGGCUCUUAAAGGAUACCUGCCCGCUCUACUUCCCCGGCAAAGGCGACAAGUUCGUAACCAACUACUACGAAGACGCCUACGGCGAAGUCCUCGCCGGCACGAAAGCCCACGUCCACGCCCACAACGGUGAGAAACAACCGCAACAAUCCCAACCCACCGACGCCAAACUCCUCGAGUCCACGCAGGACAAACACCUCGGCCCCCACGAACGCUUCCUCCACCCCGUCGCUGACCUCCCCUGGACCCAUCCCCGGAAAUGGCUCGGCUGGAUAAAGUUCUGCCUCCUGCAGGGCGUCACCCGCGACGUGGUCACGCACGACUCCGCCCAGCUGCGUGACAUCCACUCGCGCGCGCGCCGCUACGACGACCGCGUCGAGCACCUCUGGACAUACUGCCAAGUCGUCUCUGCGAUGAUGAUGUCCAUUGCGCAUGGGAGCAACGAUGUUGCGAAUGCGGUGGGCCCGUGGGCGGCUGUGUAUGCGACGUACAAUGCCGGAGAGGUGGAUACGGAGGCGCCGACGCCGGUGUGGUUCCUUGUUAUUGCGGGGUUGCUGCUGGGUGUUGGGUCCUGGUUCUACGGGUAUCAUAUAGUGCGAGCUUUGGGUAACAAGAUCACGCAGAUGUCGCCUACCAGAGGGUUUGCGACGGAGUUGGGCGCGGCGAUUACGGUGUUGUUGGCCUCGAGGCUGGGGUUGCCGGUUUCCACGACGCAGUGUUUGACUGGUGCGGCUACUGGUGUGGCGCUGAUGAAUUAUGAUCUGGGAGCGGUGAAUUGGAGGCAGCUUGGUUUUAUCUUCAGUGGGUGGGUGUUGACGUUGCCUUCUGCUGGGUUGAUGGGAGGGUUGUUGUGUUUGAUGGCGUUGAAUACGCCGCAUUUUUAGGGGGUGUGAUGACAGGUAUAGAUUGUAUAUAAUUGUCUCUCGUUCUAAGUGCUAUAUACCCUUGUAUCAAUUAAAAGUUCUUGUUAGUC